ACCCAUCUCAAGCUCUCACAACUCACAGGUCAGAAGCAAAGCCCGCACGCUCCCCCCAAGUCCUGAGGCAGGCUAGCUAGCUGUGCUCCUCCCGUCCGAGUGCCUGGCGUUGGGGGAAGGAAGGUGAGGCCUCGCCGUCUUCGCGGCGCACGAGCCUGCACCUGGGCCGUUGGUGAGGCGAAGCACAUGACGAACCAGGACGUGGUCGUGUCGGAGAUGGGCAUUGCGGCCGGGGCGGCGCUGCCGGGCCCGAGCCCGGCGCUCUUGGCUUGCCGGGGCGCGGCCGCCGGCGCCAUGUCCCUUCGGUACCUCGACCUGGCCGCGGCCGCCGCGCGCUCGGCCAGCUGCACCUGGGCCGACGCCAUGCGCGCCUCGUCCCCCACCCGCUCCCGCGCCGCCGGCGAUGUCGACGAGUUCACGGCCUGGAUGAGGAAGCACCCGUCGGCGCUCGGCAAGUUCGACCAGAUUGCCAGCGCGUCCAAGGGGAAGAAGAUCGUCAUGUUCCUGGACUACGACGGCACGCUCUCCCCCAUCGUCGCCGACCCCGACGAGGCCUACAUGAGCGACGCGAUGAGGGCGGCGGUGCGCGACGUCGCGAAGCACUUCCCGACGGCGAUCGUGAGCGGGCGCUGCCGCGACAAGGUGCGCAACUUCGUCGGCCUCUCGGAGCUCUACUACGCCGGCAGCCAUGGCAUGGACAUCAAGGGACCAAGCUCCAAUCCGGAGUCGGUCCUGUGCCAACCUGCAAGCGAGUUCCUCCCCGUGAUCGACGAGGUGUACAAGGCGCUGGUGGAAAAGACGAAGUCCACACCUGGAGCCAAGGUGGAGAACAACAAGUUCUGCCUGUCCGUGCACUUCAGAUGUGUAGAUGAAAAGAGAUGGAAUGCUUUGGCGGAGCAAGUCAAGGCCGUCAUCAAGGACUACCCCAAGCUGAAGCUCACUCAAGGGAGGAAGGUUCUGGAGAUCCGCCCGAGCAUCAUGUGGGACAAGGGCAAGGCCUUGGAGUUUCUGCUCGAAUCGCUCGGAUUCGCCAGCUGCAGCGACGUCCUCCCGGUGUAUAUCGGUGACGACCGCACCGACGAGGAUGCUUUCAAGGUGCUGAGGAAGAGGGGUCAGGGCAUCGGCAUCCUCGUCUCCAAGUGCCCCAAGGAGACCAACGCCUCCUACUCCCUGCAGGACCCGAGCGAGGUCAUGGACUUCUUGCUCCGGCUGGUGGAGUGGAAGCGCAAGUCGCCGCCGCCGCCGAUGAUCCGGCCGCGAGUGUAGCUGGCUGGCUCGGUGCGGCAGCCGGUUGGCGGACCGAUCGAAUCGGUGUCCAAUCAUGCGAACAUACCCCACCACCAAUGUUCCCCCUCUCUGACGAUUCUUAGCUUGUGUGGUGGCCUCUGAAACGGACUCGUGGUGGUUGCUGCGUUACACGCGUGUUCUUCGAUUCCCUGGCGGGGCCACACACACACAACUCCUCCUCGUCACUGAAAAUGUUGGAGCAUGUUGGUGCUGCUGUCUAAUACAGUAACCGUGUGUCUGCUUCCCCGGCAAUGUACCACUAGUAGUACCCCUCCCUUCUCGUGUUAUUUUUGUCCCUCGUCUCAUCCCCAUGGGCUUGGAAGGCAUCUGCAAAGCUCCCUGCCGUCCUAGAAGAGAAGAACCUUUGCAAGAAAGAGAAGGUUCCCUUCACCCCAUGUAACUAGCACCUACUAUAUUCUAGGCACUACUGUUCUUUGUACCCUUCUCUGCUGUGUAAAAUGUAGUCUGUAAUAAAAGUAAUUAAGAUCCAAGUAAUGGAAUUAUUUUGCAUUUC